AUGUUCAAGGGAGCCGGUAUCCUUAGACGCCUCGUGCCACAUUCACGACGGUUUUCUUCAGAAUCAGUCACGAGGAGGGUUGCCGGUCACAACGUAGUCGAGCAUUCGUAUGACGCCGUGGUAGUCGGUGCCGGCGGAGCUGGCCUUAGAGCAGCUCUAGAACUAAGCUCAAAUGGAUACAAAACGGCCUGCGUAUCGAAGCUCUUCCCGACCAGAAGCCACACUGUGGCCGCCCAGGGAGGUAUCAACGCCGCUCUAGGUAACAUGACAGAAGACGACUGGAGGUGGCACGCAUACGACACCGUUAAAGGCUCAGACUGGCUCGGUGACCAAGAUGCAAUUCACUACAUGUGCAAACAGGCCCCCCAGGCUGUUAUUGAAUUAGAAAACUACGGACUGCCAUUCAGUCGCACCGAAAGCGGCAAAAUCUACCAAAGGGCAUUCGGAGGUCAGUCCCUCAAAUUCGGAAAAGGCGGUCAAGCGUACAGAUGCGCAGCCGCCGCUGACAGGACGGGGCACGCCAUGUUACAUACGCUGUACGGGCAGUCGCUGGCCAAAGACUGCCAAUUUUUCAUCGAAUACUUCCUUCUGGAUCUGUUGUAUGAAAACGGAGCCGUAGUUGGUUGCGUUUGUAUGCGCAUGGCUAAUGGUGAAAUACACGUAUUCAAGACCAACAACGUGAUCAUGGCCACAGGGGGGUUCGGCAGAUGCUACUUCAGCUGCACUUCGGCCCACAUGUGUACCGGUGACGGUAACGCUGCAGUUGCACGUGCUGGGUUACCCCUGCAAGACAUGGAGUUCAUACAGUUCCACCCUACGGGCAUCUACCCCGCAGGUUGCCUCAUCACCGAAGGGUGCCGAGGAGAGGGAGGGAUUUUGCGAAACAGAGAGGGCGAACCUUUCAUGAGCAGGUAUGCGCCCGUUGCGAAGGAUCUUGCGUCUAGGGAUGUGGUAUCGAGAGCAAUGACGUGUGAGAUAUUAGAAGGUAGGGGUUGCGGCCCCAACAAGGACCACAUAUACCUCGACCUCACACAUCUUAGCGAGGAUGUAUUCCGCGACAAGCUGCCGGGAAUCACAGAGACGGCGAAAAUCUUUGCCGGCGUAGAUGCUAGGAAGCAAUACAUUCCAGUGCUGCCAACUGUGCAUUACAACAUGGGAGGCAUCCCCACAAACUGGAAGGCUCAAGCCAUUGACAAGAGCGACAACAUGGUACCGGGGCUUUAUGCUGCAGGCGAAGCGGCCUGCGCAUCGGUCCAUGGAGCCAACAGGCUGGGGGCGAACAGCCUCCUCGAUAUUGUCGUGUUCGGCAAAAGGGCGGCGCUCUCCGUCAUGGAGGCCUGCACCCCGGGCGAGCAGAGCAAGGCCUCACCGGUAUGCGUGAGAGGCGCAGUAGAAUCCACCAUAGCCAAAAUUACCAAGCUGUUUGCGAGCGGUAGGUUACGCAAAUAUGGCCACACACAACUUGCAGCGAAAAAAGAUGGCAUUCCCACGUCCACGAUACGCCUUUACAUGCAGAAAAGCAUGCAAGACAACGUAGCCGUGUUUAGGGACGGAGAACGCCUAAAAAAAGGAAUUGCGCUCCUUGAAGAAUGUUGCGACCAGUUCAAGGACGUAAAAAUAAACGACACAUCUCCGGCAUUCAACACGGAUCUCUACGAGACACUUGAGCUGGAGAACCUUCUCACACUGGCCAUGCAAACUGUUGUAUCAGCUGAAGCUCGCAAGGAAUCUAGGGGAGCUCAUUCACGAGAGGAUUAUCCCACUAGAGACGACGUGAAUUGGCGCAAACACACACUCUCUUAUAUAGAGUCAGACGAGUUCAAGAAUGUCAAGCUGGCUUACCGCACUGUAAUAGAUACAACUCUCGGCAGUGACAUGGAAACCAUACCCCCCUUUGAAAGAACCUAUUAA